AUGGUUCCCCACGGCCAGACGUCCUCUGUGUGCUUGCUGGCCGCGAGAGCUGCCCGGGUGCUGGUGGCCAACCUGGUGCUUUCCAAGAGGGUGAGGAACCUUUGGACCUCAGAAGGAGGAACGUGUGAAGUUAUAGCAGCACACAGAUGCUGUAAUAAGAAUCGAAUUGAGGAAAGAUCACAAACAGUAAAAUGCUCCUGUCUACCUGGGAAAGUGGCUGGGACUACAAGAAACAGACCUUCCUGUGUUGACGCUUCAAUAGUGAUUGGCAAAUGGUGGUGUGAGAUGGAGCCCUGCCUAGAAGGAGAGGAAUGUAAGACAUUGCCUGAUAAUUCUGGAUGGAUGUGUGCGACUGGCAAUAAAAUCAAGACCACCAGAAUCCAUCCGAGGACCUAACAGAGCAUCGUCUGCAUGGAGACAGUGAAAGCCCUGCUGAUUUAUGAGGACAAAGUAUUGAAAGUUUAAAACCAUCUCAGCAUUCACAAGCCAAAUGGAUUUCUUAUUUGCACUUUGACUGUUUACCAGAUAACAACAGUGGCUUUACUGUGUGAAAGAAAGUAUUCAGUGGAAAUAAUGCCCCUGAUUUUUGACAGCUGAAAAUAAAAAUGAAGAAAACGAUUCCUUUGGUAAAGUUUCCAAGAUUGCAAAGUACAAACAACAGUAGAAGUUUGGAUCUACAAUUUACUUUAUACCAGUUAAAGUAUAUAUAUAGAAAUAUAUAUAUAUUAAUAUAUGAUAUUUUGAAAUAAAAGCCUCACUCUUCAAGAAAUUGAAUAGUACCACACUUUGCUGCAGCUGCUGUAAUUUUUUUUUUUCUUUUUUGUAAUGGUCUGGAAGAUCCUUACCUGUUUCAGAGAGAAACGUGGCGGUGAAGAGGCAAAGCAAACCUGCUGCGGUACAAGGACGCCUAAGAGCUACAUGAAUCCUACCGAUGCAGCAUCCAGAGCUUCCUGUUCCCUUUGGCAGAAUUUCGAGGGCAUUUGUUGUUGCACUUUGUGUUCUGGAGGCUUUUCCCCUUGUGCAAUACUAGCAUGCUGGCUUUGCUUCAUUAACCAUACUUGAUUGAUAUAUAACAAUGAUAGUUCUAUCCUCUUCCAAGAAAAUAUUUUUAGAGCUGUUAGAUAUUCCAUGACGAAGAGACGGACAACUACUGAGUGAAGUACAGUAUGUAUUAAAACUUUAUUUGGCAGAGUUUGGUAGACUGUGAGCUCCCUUCUUAUUAAAGAUGUACUGUACGUACAA